GGGCGCGGGUGGAGGUCAGAUACUCUGUGCACUGUGAGAAUGUAAGAUGGAUCCAGAGGAGCAGGAGCUGUUAAAUGACUACAGAUACAGAAAUUAUUCCUCAGGGAUUGAAAAGGCUUUAAGAAAUUUUGAGUCCUCAAGUGAAUGGGCAGAUCUCAUAUCUUCACUUGGCAAGCUCAACAAGGCUCUCCAGAGCAACCUGAAGUAUUCCUUGUUGCCGAAACGCCUGGUUAUCAGCAAGAGGUUAGCUCAGUGUUUGCACCCCGCCCUGCCCAGUGGAGUCCACUUGAAAGCUCUGGAAACCUACGAGAUUAUCUUUAAAAUUGUGGGGACCAAAUGGCUGGCCAAGGACUUGUUCUUGUACAGCUGCGGUCUGUUCCCGCUCCUGGCGAACGCCGCCAUGGCGGUGCGGCCCGUGCUGCUCAGCCUGUAUGAGAAGUACUUCCUCCCGCUGCAGAAGCUGCUCCUGCCCAGUCUCCAGGCCUUCCUUGUGGGCCUGCUGCCCGGCCUAGAGGAGGGCUCCGAGAUCUACGACAGGACAGAUGCCCUGCUCCUGAAACUGUCCCUGGUGGUGGGCAGGGAGGUGUUCUAUGCUGCCCUGUGGGGGAGUGUUCUGGCGAGCCCCUCCAUCCGUCUCCCCGCCUCGCUCUUCGUGGUGAGCCACAUCAACAGGGACUUGCCCGGCAAGGAGCAGAAGUACAUGCUGGGGACCGACUACCAGCUCACGGUGAAAUCACUAUGUGCAUCCUUGUUGGACUCGAAUGUUCUUGUACAGAGAAAUAAUCUGGAGAUUGUUCUCUUCUUCUUCCCAUUUUAUUCCUGUCUGGAUUCCAACGAGAGAGCCAUUCCCCUGCUCAGAUGGGACAUCGUGCACAUUCUCUCGGCCGCCACCCAAACCCUGCUGAGAAGGGACAUGUCUCUCAACAGAAGACUCUAUGCCUGGCUGCUGGGUUCAGACAUGAAGGGAAACACCAUUGUUCCGGAAUCUAAAAUCUCUUCUUACGAAGACCAGUCUUCUUAUUUUUUUGAAAAAUAUUCCAAGGAUCUCUUAGUUGAGAGUCUGGCUGAGAUACUGCAUCAGAAGUUUUUAGACGCUGACACGGAGGACCGUCACCACGCCUACCUGAAGCCCUUCCGGAUCCUCGUCAGUCUGCUUGACAAGCCAGAAAUAGGGCCUCAAGUGGUUGAGAGUUUGUUUCUCGAAGUCAUCAGAGCCUUUUAUUCUUACUGUAGAGAUGCCCUUGGCUCUGACCUUAAGCUCAGCUACACUCAGAGUGGAAAUCUUCUGAUAAGCACAAUCAAAGAGAACAGAAAUGCCUCUGAGAUCGUGAAGACAGUGAACUUGCUGGUCUCCUCCCUCAGCACGGACUUCCUGUGGGAUUACAUGAUGAGGUGUUUUGAGCAAUGCUUCAGACCGGUGAAGCAGAGUAACGCUAUUGGAAAAGGCGUCAGCCCUGCCCCCACGGUCUCGGAGCUCUGCACCCUCCUCGUAUUCCUUCUGGAUGUCAUUCCCUUGGAGCUGUACUCAGAGGUGCAGACCCAGUACCUUCCUCAGGUGCUCGGCUGCCUGGUGCAGCCUCUUGCUGAGGAGGUGGAAGCCUUAAGCUUACCUGAGCUCACGCACGCCUUGAAGACAUGUUUCAAGGUGCUCAGCAAAGUCCAGAUGCCGCCCUCCUACCUAGAUACGGAGCCCACAAGUGGAAACUCGAGUCCAGUAAAAGGCGAAAUCACUGUGGAAACAAAGGCAGUGGUUCCGGUGGAUGAAGACGCUUCCUUUCCCCCACUGAAAUCUGAGGACAGCGGAAUCGGGCUCAGUGCCUCAUCCCCAGAGCUUUCUGAGCACUUGAGGGUCCCUCGAGUUUCUCCUGAAAGAGAUGACAUUUGGAAGAAGGGUGGGAGCAUGCAGAGGACGUUCCUUUGCAUCCAGGAGCUGAUUGCCAACUUUGCCAGCAGGAACAUCUUUACGGUACCACUGACCACGUCUGGGGAAGAAAGCAAGUCUGAAGAGCCUGCAGGGCAGAGGGCAAAAGGCGGGCCCCAGAGCACGGUGGGCGACGACACGGGCAGGAAGAACUCGUGGGAGGCCAAGCCCCUCACUGUGCCCCAGUUUAAGCAGAUGCUUUCAGACCUAUUCACCGUACGUGGGUCUCCAUUCAAAACAAAAAGUUCAGAAUCGCCGUCAUCCUUGCCCAGUAGCCCUGGCAGAAAAACAGGAGGAGAAUGGGAUGUUGACCAGGUGGUCAUCCACCUGGAGGGCUCCAAGGAGGACUGCAGGGAGGCCUUUGCCGCCGCCUGCCACCUGCUGCUGGACUGCGCCACCUUCCCUGUCUACCUGUCUGAGGAGGAGACAGAGCAGCUCUAUGAAACUCUCUUCCAGCUUCCAGGAGCCAAUGAUUCCAGCUUCCCAUCGUGGCUGAAAUCCCUCAUGACCAUCUGCUGCUGUGUGAGUGAUUGCUACCUCCAGAACGUGGCCAUCUCCACCCUGCUGGAAGUGAUAAACCAUUCCCAGUCCCUUGCUCUUGUCAUUGAAGACAAGAUGAAACGCUACAAAAGCUCUGGGCACAACCCAUUCUUUGGCAAGCUACAGAUGGUGACAUUGCCUCCCAUUGCCCCAGGCAUAUUGAAAAUCAUCGCAGAAAAAACAGACUUUUAUCAGAGGGUGGCCCGUGUGCUUUGGAAUCAGCUCAACAAAGAGACCCGGGAGCAUCACAUCACCUGUGUGGAGCUAUUCUACCGGCUGCACUGCCUGGCCCCAACAGCCAACAUCUGCGAGGAUAUCAUCUGCCAUGCCCUCCUUGAUCCCGAUAAGGGAACAAGGUUGGAAGCUCUGUUCAGGUUUUCUGUGAUCUGGCACCUGACGAGAGAGAUCCAAGGCAGCCGAGUGACGUCCCACAACCGCUCCUUCGAUAGGUCCUUGUUCGUCGUGCUGGACAGCCUGGCCUGCACGGAUGGUGCCAUUAGUGCAGCGGCCCAGGGCUGGCUGGUGCGUGCACUGUCCCUGGGGGACGUGGCACGGAUCCUUGAGCCUGUGCUCCUGCUGCUGCUCCAGCCCAAAACCCAGAGGACCUCCAUCCACUGCCUCAAGCAGGAGAACUCAGCUGAGGACUUGCAUCGCUGGUUUAUCAGAAAGAAACCCUCCUUCAAAGAGACAGGUGGGGCACCCGAGCUUCAGGAAGCCCCUGAAGAACAGCUCCCUCUGAACCAGUUCACCACCGUUGAUCGAGAAGCCAUCUGGGCUGAAGUGGAGAAAGAACCAGAGAAGUGCCCUCCCAGAGGUGAGCUGAGUGAUGAAGACCUGCCCUACUACGUGGACCUCCCGGACAGGAUGGGCCCUGGUGCCCCAGACAGCAGUGAGCACACAGAAUCGGCAGAUACAAGCUCUGGCCACACAGACAGCGAGAACACAUCCACCUUCUCGUCCCCCUCCCACGACCCGCAGGAGCUGAGCCAUGAGGAGAACUGCUGUGCCCCCAUCCCCAUGGGGGGCAGGGUGUACCCCAAGCGCUCAGCCUUGCUGGCAGCCUUCCAGCCAGAGAGCUUCAAGUCCAGUGCCAAAUUGAGCCUGGUGCGGGCAGACUCGGACAAGACCCAGGCCUCGGAGUCCUUCUCCAGUGACGAGGAGGCCGACUUGGAGCUGCAGGCCCUCACCACGUCUCGGCUGCUGAAGCAGCAGAGGGAGAGGCAGGAGACACUGCAGGCCUUGUUUAAGCACAUCCUGCUCUACCUGCAGCCCUAUGACUCCCGGCGGGUUCUGUACGCCUUCUCUGUAUUGGAGGCCGUGCUCAAAACCAAUCCAAAGGAGUUUAUCGAGGCCGUGUCCAAGACCAGCAUGGACACCAGCUCCACAGCGCACCUCAACCUCAUCUCCAACCUACUCGCGCGCCACCAGGAGGCCCUCAUUGGCCAGAGUUUCUAUGGAAAGCUCCAGACCCAGGCCCCCAACGUGUGCCCCCACUCUCUGCUGAUCGAGCUCCUCACCUACCUCUGCCUGAGCUUCCUGCGCUCCUACUACCCCUGCUACUUGAAGGUCUCCCACCGAGACAUCCUCGGCAACCGGGACGUGCAGGUCAAAAGCGUUGAGGUUCUAAUUAGAAUAAUGACACAGCUGGUCUCAGUGGCCAAGUCCUCAGAAGGGAAGAACGUGGACUUCAUCCACAGCCUUCUGCAGAGGUGCAAGGUCCAGGAGUUCGUCCUGCUCUCACUGUCAGCGUCCAUGUACACCAGCCAGAAGCGCUAUGGCCUGGCCACCGACCGGGGCAGGGCCUUGCUGGAGGACAGUGUCUUUGAGGAGAGUCUCAUCAACCUGGGGCAGGACCAGAUCUGGAGCGAACACCCGCUGCAGAUCGAGCUGCUUAAGCUCCUGCAAGCACUCAUCGUCCUGGAGCACCAUCUGGGCCAGGGCCAGGAGGAGGCCGAAAGCCAGCCGACCCUAUCCAGGGAGUGGCAGAGGGCCCUGAACUUCCAGCAGGCCAUCGGCGCCAUGCAGUAUGUGCAGCCGCACCCACUCACCUCCCAGGGCCUACUGGUCUCAGCCGUGGUGAGAGGCCUACAGCCCGCCUAUGGCUACGGCAUGCACCCUGCCUGGGUGAGCCUGGUCACACAUUCCUUGCCUUACUUUGGAAAGUCCCUGGGAUGGACCGUGACACCCUUUGUUGUCCAGAUUUGCAAAAAUUUGGACGAGCUGGUCAAGCAAUAUGAAAGCGAGUCCGUGAAGCUCUCCAUAAGCACAACCUCCAAGAAGGAAAACAUUUCUCCGGAUUAUCCACUCACGCUUUUGGAAGGUCUGACAACCAUUAGUCAUUUUUGUCUUUUGGAACAACCCAACCAGAGCAAAAAGACCUCCGCCGCCAGCGAUCCUGCCAGCUUGAGAAAUGCCAGGAAUGCCAUUUUGGAAGAGCUGCCUCGCAUCGUGAACACCAUGGCCCUUCUCUGGAAUGUUCUCAGAAAGGAGGAGACUCAAAAGAGACCUGUGGAUCUCCUGGGAGCCACAAAAGGAUCCUCUUCUGUUUACUUUAAAACCACCAAAACCAUAAGACAGAAGAUUUUGGACUUCUUAAACCCCUUGACUGCCCCCCUUGGGGCUCAGCUGAUAGCAGCAGUUGCAGCUGUGUGGAGCAGAAAGAAGGCUCAGCGGCUCAGUAAGACAAAGAUAGUCCCAGUGGCAAGUGCAUCCCAGCUCACCCUUGUGGACUUGAUCUGUGCACUCAGCACCCUGCAGACGGACACAGUGCUGCACCUGGUGAAGGAGGUGGUGAAGAGGCCACUGCAGAUCAAAGGGGACGAGAAGUCGCCCCUUGUGGAUAUUCCCGUGCUGCAGUUUUGCUAUGCUUUUAUCCAAAGGCUUCCAAUACUAGCCUUGCAGGAGAACUUUGCUUCCCUGUUGGGAGUACUGAAGGAAUCUGUGCAAUUGAAUCUGGCUCCACCUGGAUAUUUUCUGCUUCUCAGCAUGCUGAAUGACUUUGUAACAAGAACUCCCAACCUGGAAAGCAAGAAGGACCAAAAAGACCUGCAGGAAAUCACCCAGAAAAUUCUGGAAGCCAUAGGGAACAUUGCUGGCUCUUCCCUGGAACAAACCAGCUGGCUCAGCAGAAACUUGGAAGUGAAGGCUCAGCCACAGGUGGCCCUGGAAGAGUCUGACCCUGAGGAGGACUUGUACGCAGAUGCUGCUGCGGCUUCAGCAAUGGUGUCCGCGUCUGCCCCCUCGGUUUACAGUGUGCAAGCCCUCUCUCUCCUGGCAGAGGUUCUGGCUUCUCUGCUGGACAUGGUUUACCGCAGUGACGAGAAAGAGAAGGCCGUGCCCUUAAUCUCCCGCUUGCUCUAUUACGUCUUUCCCUACUUACGCAACCACAGCGCCUACAACGCUCCAAGCUUCCGGGCCAGCGCCCAGCUGCUCAGCUCCCUGAGCGGCUACGCCUACACGAAACGCGCCUGGAAGAAGGACGUGCUGGAGCUGUUUCUGGACCCUGCUUUCUUUCAGAUGGAUACUUCUUGUGUUCAUUGGAAGUCCAUUAUUGACCAUCUUCUGACUCAUGAGAAAACCAUGUUUAAGGACCUAAUGAACAUGCAGAGCAGUUCUUUAAAACUGUUCUCAAGUUUUGAGCAGAAAGCCAUGCUGUUAAAGCGCCAGGCUUUUGCUGUCUUCAGUGGAGAACUUGAUCAGUACCAUCUUUACCUUCCAUUGAUACAAGAGCGCCUGACAGACAAUCUCAGAGUUGGACAGACAUCCACAGUUGCUGCUCAGAUGUUUCUUUUUUUCAGAGUUUUGCUGCUAAGGAUAUCUCCUCAACACCUCACCUCACUGUGGCCAAUAAUGGUCUCUGAACUGAUUCAGACAUUCAUCCAGCUUGAAGAUGAUCUGAGAGAGGAAGACGAGUCACUGAGAAACAGCAAAAUAAACAGAACAAAAGUUUCAGUGGCUGAUGGAAACGGGCCCUCAGUGGGGGAGAUGGCCCCGAGUGAGCUCCUCUUGUACUUAUCUGCGUGCAAGUUCUUGGACACGGCGCUGUCUUUCCCACCCGACAAGAUGCCGCUGUUUCAGAUUUAUAGAUGGGCAUUUGUUCCAGAGGUGGACACAGAGAGCCCUGCCUUCCUACCAGAUCUAGAGGAGAAUCAUCAAGAAUGCAAACCCCACACUGUUAGGAUUCUAGAGCUUCUGAGAUUGAAAUAUGGGGAAAUCAGCGGCUCAGAUGAGCUCACCAUGAGGAGCGAGUUUCCUCUUCUGCGCCAGCACUCCAUUCCCAGCAUUCGGCAGUUGGUGCCGUUCUUCAGGACUCUCAACUGUGCUUUUAAAACCCAGAGUCAGCUGCCUGCAGAUGCCCCCACAGCUCCACUCGCAGAGCUUCCCGUCACCGAGAGCCCAAGGGUCUUGAGACAACUGGAGGAAUGUGUGGAAUAUGAUUUUUUGGAACACCCAGAAUGUUAACUUCAUAAGAAAGAAUUUGUUCAGUUCAUUUAUUGAUGCUUUAAUGAAAACCCGGAAACUGUCUAUACAAAAAAGGAGCCAGGAUAGUACUUUUAAGCAACUCUUGUUUCAAUUCCAGAAGUUAAUUUCAGAUAACUCUCUGUCCGGCAACAAAACACACCUCCCUAAAUGCCUUGUAAUAUAUCUGGAUCUCAUUCUGUGUUUCUUCCUGGAUUUAUGUAAUGGAAAUAAAAUUAAUAUAUCAUCUAA